AGCAACCCGAUGGAGGCAAGUCCAAGAAAGGUGGAGACUCCUGCUCAACUUCCUGCACAAUACUCUUGAAGCACCGCCAGGAGAGAAGAAGGGAGGCUUCUGCUUGGGCAAGGGCGAAUGGAUAUCGGCUUUCUUUCCCCCCCUUAAUUACUACCACAUCGUAGUUGUUAACCGUUUAUACGCCCAUCUACCUGACUUGUAGCUCGCUAGUUAGCCGCGAGGCUGCUGAAAAGGAGACGUUUGAUAAUAGCAAAGGCGGUGGUGCGAAGGACAGGAAUGGAGGUUGUAGUGGAGUAUGACUACGAAGCACUCCAUGAGGAUGAGCUGACCUUGCGAAAGGGGGACUUGAUCAAGAACGUAUGCCGCAUAGAAGAGGAUGGCUGGAUGGAGGGAGAACUCAACGGGAAAAGAGGACUCUUUCCUGACAACUUUGUGAAGGAACUAAAACAGGAGGCCAAGGAAGUGAGACCCGAAUCCAAAGGGCAAGCUGCUCAGCCUCUGAAGAGAGAGAAGUCUGUAGGAAAUGUUGCCAACUUGGUUCAGAGGAUGAGUACCAUCGGGAUUCCAACUGGGGGUUUCCAGCCACGACCAUCAUCUACCACAAAGAAGCUGAAGAAGAGACAGUGCAAAGUCUUGUUUGACUAUCAGCCGCAGAACGAAGAUGAACUGGAGUUAAAAAUUGGAGAUAUUUUAGACGUCACCGAAGAGGUUGAAGAGGGUUGGUGGAGCGGCGUCAUCAACGGCAAGUCAGGACUCUUCCCUUCCAACUUUGUCAAAGAAUUGGAUGUUGCGAAAGAAGACGGAGAAUCAAAUGAUACGACACCAGAGGAGGCUGAUGGUGUAGAAAACACCGUGACACCAUCAUCGCCAACACCUUCUUCAGGCAAUGGAGCUAUUGUCCAGCCCAAAAAAAUCCAACGUAUUGGUUUUGGCGAUAUUUUCAAAGAAGGGUCAGUGAAAUCAAAGGUCCGAAUCCCUAAUUUGGAGCCGGAAGAAAAAAAGGAAAAUCCAAUCCCUUCAUUACCAUCAGUCGCAAAGCCCGCCUUUCCCAACGUGAUCGAAAUGCAUAAGGGCGAAGGAGAUAGCAACUCUAAAGCGAAAGAGUUCUGUAAGGUCAUCUUCGCUUUUGAGGCCACAAAUGAGGAUGAACUGACUUUGCACGAGGAUGACAUCAUCUCUAUCAUAAGCAAGGACACAGGAGAGCCCGGGUGGUGGCGAGGAGAGGUUGGUGGCAAAGGUGGUGUCUUUCCUGACAACUUUGUAACCAUGCUGUCUGACACAGAAAAAGAGGCUUUUCUAUCUCGAGGGUCGCGCAAGUCCUCACUCAAGCAAGAUUCUGAAGAGAAACCAAAGAAGCCACCUCCACCGUCAAAACACAUAGCUCUCAAACCAGAGGUUCCCAGCGCUGACAAGAAGCCUCAUGCCAUCAGGCCAGAGGACAAAGUUGACAGGGUGAUCCCAGAGCCAAAACCAUCCAAGCCUGCCGCACCACUCCCACCCAAAAAGCCUGUCCCGCCUCCAGGCAAAGGCAGGCAAGGAAACCUCCCACUAAAGCGGUCAGACAAGCCUCUGACUCCAUCACCAAAUUUGAAGCACAAUGGGGAAAUCCCUACAUCUCGUCCAAAGCCUGACUUGGAUUUAUUGCUUCCCCCAAAACCCAAAACGCCCUCAGCGGACACAGGGGAGAAAAACUUCGAAUCACCGCUAAUUAGUUUUGACGAGGUUUCAUCCAACUCAGAAAAGCUGUCUCAUCCCACUGCUAACAGACCAAAGAUUAUCGGCCGGAGGUUGCCCGCCCAAUUUGCUGGAGGACUAUCGCCCAACAAGGAAAUUAACCUGGACAAAGCUUUCAAGUUAGAUGAGGAGGAUGGUGCCAAAAUAAAGCUUCUAGAACCCAGAAAGCCUAAUACACACAACUCGUCCCCUUUGCCGCCAUUCCAUAAACCCAGUGUGGAGGCCAAACCCAACCCAGCAUCCACAAACUUAAGCUCAGACAACAGUUUUCUGGGCAGAGAAGAUCCCAAAUCCCAGAUGGAAGAGCUUAGAAGUCAGAUGAAGGAUCUUCUGCUAUCAGUGGAGCUGUUCAAGGCCCAGCAAAUGAAAGAAAUAACAGAGCUUCGUGGAGAACUGGAUGAGGAAAGGAAAAAGCGUGUAGCCCUGCAGAUGGAGCUAAAUAAGCUAAAGAUGGCGAUCCACUCAACGUGAAGCUGAGCUGAAGGUCCAGUUGCUAGCCUAAUGACCAACUAGAGAGAUGGUUUUGGGGUGGACGUCUGCAGGAGGCGGAAGACAACAGACAGCUGAAUGGGCAGAAAGAGGGUGCAAUUAUUUCUAUUACAUCUACAAAUUCAACUCCCCAUAUUUGUAAGAUUUAAUUUUUUUGCACAUAUAUUUUGUUUUGUUUUCAAGCUAAAUGUAAUUAAAUUACAGAUGUGUAUAUAACUAUUUUUUUGCCAACACAAAAAAAAAAAAAAAACCCGAGGCCUUACUUCAAACUACUGUGCAUGUCUUCAUCUCGCAUGUCUUCUGUUCCCUCCUGCCCUUGACAGAGGGUCUCAGUACUACUGACUAUAUACAAAGCAGGGGAUCUUUGUUUCUACACCUAAUUUUCCACACGCUUAUGUUUUAAGCGCAACGUUUUAAACCUUUCCUUUUAAUUUCACUUUCUAACAAAUCAUUUCCCUUUCCUUUCGUCUUGGGGUUGUAGCUGAAAUCCAAUCAUUCCUUGCAGUGUUCCAGAGGAAGCUCCCUCUCUUCUGUAUUUGUUCUCCUUUUUUUUUUGUAUGCAUUUUCCAGCAUUCCUAUCCAGGGAAACACUACUGUGCCUGUAAUAUACUUGUAAUAGGUGUUGUUAUGGAAGCUUAACAUUUACCACGACGGUGUCUGAAAAAAAUUAGCAUCUCGAUAUUGCGUGUCUAUAUUUUUUAAACUCUGCUGACAUACUUUUGAGGGCCUCUCCUAUAGUUGUUAUCUUUAACAUGAGACUGGGAAUGUUGUCUAAAAUUUAGCAGCAGCCUACAUGAAAAACUAAAUAGGAAAGUAAGGAACAGUUUAUUGUCUCCUUCCGUUUCCAAAAGUUUUUCUGGUUAGUGCCUAAGGAUGUUUAUACAAAAAUUGACCAUUUCUGCAGCUUGCUUACUUGUUCUACUCGGGCCACCAUCCCAUCAAAUUCCAGGUGGUCCAUUCUACCUCUUCCUCUUAUCUGUUCUAUCUUUGUGUGUCAAACUGAACAAAAUAAGUUGUUUUUGUGAUUAUAGUGCAAAGCCUGUUCAUUGCCCAUCAAUUGUCCUUGUUUUUUUAUGCAGGAGCUAUUUAGGGCCACAGUGAAAAACAUGAGGGGGAGAAAAAGUCCAAUUUUCAUGAGAUUGAAGUUAAUUUUAAAAGACCAAAUUGAAAACGGCAAUCUAGACCUUGCCUGAAAUAAGUAUUAAAAGGAAAUAUUUUUCCAAAACCCUCGCGGUUAGAUGCUUUUUGGUCUGUAGUUUUAAAUUGUGGUGUAACAAAACAACAGUUUAAAAUUGAACUAAAGUUGAAUUUGAAUAUAUCCAUAACAGCCACACAGGGUAUACCUUCAUGAUCGUAAUAUUGCAUUCCAUUUAUGUCUUACCUCCCAACCCACCAAUGUGACUAUCUUCAUGAGGUGAGAUUUUUUUUUUUUCUUGAGUGUAUAUAUAUUUUUGUUUUCAGGGUGGCCGUAAUACUAAUUCGUAUUUUGGGUCAGGUCUUGUUCCAAGUAGUUUAGGAAAAGUGGCAAACUAGCAAUAACAAGAAACAAAAAUACGGUAUUACAUUUGCUGUAGGAAAUUGUAAUCCCCCUUGAAUCUACAUUUUCUGACUGUUGUACUGUUUCGUUGAAGGCAAUCGUUCAUAACUCGAGAAUUUAAAUCAUAAGCAGGUAGUUUGCUCUGGGCACCACCAGUUUAAAUGGCUAAGAAUUAUUUCGUUCAUAUGCAUAGCAUACUGACAUACCGACAACCCCCCCCCCCCCCCAUGCUACAAAAUAAUCUUUGUACAAUUCUCCAAAUUUUAAUCCCAAACUUCUUCCCCCACUGCAUGUCAAAAACUAUUUGAGUUGUUAUUGAGGUGGUUGUCAACGUGACCUCAUAAGUAUUGAACAUUUUCCUACAGCAGUUGCUGAACAUGUUAGCAAGCUGCCUGUUAGCAAUGUUAGCAUCAAGCUACAUGCUAAUGAUGCUGAGAACCAAUUUAAGAGGCAAUCAUCCCACACCUCUCUCAAAAAACUUUCUUUGGCCUUCUAUUCUGAUUAUUGUCAUUGCUGUGAUUACUAUUUUUUUAUUAUUAUAAAUCCCACCAGUGUCUUAAAGGAGUUACUUCCCAAUCAAGCUUCUGUGUUUGUGUUGCUGAUCAACUUGCACACUUAAAAGGGCGUUUAAUGGUAUUCAAGUUUGUUUUCUGUUUUCAUGUGAAUGCUUUGACAAAGAUGUCAGUGUGUUCGACUUUUGUCUAUGUGCCUGACAUGUUAUACAAUCUCUCCCUAUAGCCUUUCGAGGACGCGGCUGCUCUAUUUGAUAAUCACAUUGUGGGAAAAGAGGGAUCAGGGAUAGCUGUUGAUGUAAUAUAUGAUCUGCGCUUUACUUUUAUAUACUGUACAUUCCGGAGAUUGACACCAAGAAACGAUGAAAUCUGCACAUUUACAAGCUUAAUUUUGAAAUAAUUUUGUUUACAUACAUGAGCUGUAUCCUUGCAUGAGCUGAGAUUCUUUCAAAAAAAUAAAUAUCUUUAUUUACUGUCUAA